CCUGGAUGCCCUUGAGGGGGCCCUCUGAUGUCUGUUUCACCACCUUCUUGAUAUCAUCAAAUAUGACAGCUUUCUCCAGGCAGCAGGUCAGAUCCUGCUGACACAUUGAGAAUAGAAACAUGGAAGACCGCUCUUUGAGGAAGACACAGUCACAGAGAGAGGGGAGCCCAGGACGCCCUGCUCCUGCUCCUGACUCCCCGCUGUUCACCAGGAACAAGUCGGUCAGGAAGCUGCACCACAACCAUGGCACUUAAAGACACUGGGAAGACCCCCGUGGAACCAGAGGUGGUGAUUCACCGAAUUAGAAUUACUCUAACCACCCACAACGUAAAAUCUUUGGAAAAAGUGUGUGCUGACUUGAUCAGAGGUUCGAAGGAAAAGAAUCUCAAAGUGAAAGGACCAGUGAGGAUGCCUGCCAAGACUCUGAGAAUCACUAUGAAAAAGACUCCUUGUGGUGAAGGUUCUAAGACUUGGGAUCGUUUUCAGAUGAGGAUCCACAAGCGACUCAUUGAUCUGCACAGUCCUUCCGAGAUUGUUAAGCAGAUUACCUCCAUCAGAAUUGAGCCUGGAGUUGAGGUUGAAGUCACCAUUGCAGAUGGCUUAAAUCAACCUUUUUAAUAAAUUGAUUAUCUGUUGUUAAAAAAAAAAAAAAGAAGAAGAAGAAACAUGGAAGACCAUGUUGGUGAGCUUCCAUAUAGCUCAGAAAUUACUUUGCCCUCAGCCUUGGCAGUGCCAGUGGAAGCAGGGAUGAUGUUCUGGGCAGCCCAUGGCCGUCAUGCCACAGCUUACCAGAGAGGUCAUCCUGUCUUCUGGGUGGCAGUGAUGGCAUGGACUGUGGUCAUAAGUCCCUCCAUGAUGCUAAGGUGG